CCUCCGCCGCCUCCCCCGACCCUCCCGCCGGGCGGAGGAGGGGGAGGGAGAGAGGGGGAGGAGGAGGAGGAGGAGGCGGGUAGGGAGAGAAAAGGAGAGGAGAGAAGAAGAGACGAGAGACGCGCCGCAACUUGCUGCCUCUCCUCCCUCGGCUCCGUGGCCGCGCCGCUGCGGGCUGCGCUCCGCGGGAGGCGGCGGCAUCCAGGGACGCUCCGCUCCGCGGGGCCCGCGCCUCCCGCCCAGAAGCUUUUGCUUCCUCACUGGGAGAGCCUGUAUGAAAACCUGUGUGGAUGAUGUUAUAAGAAACAGAAGGUGCAUGCAGCACAGAUGUCAGUCUUCUUCGAGGAGUAACUUCUUCAACCCCAAGUGAUACCAGCUCCUGCUAGUACCAUGGGGCUGGAGGGUGUUUUUUUAGGCACUGGACAGAUCCACGUAAUCCUGUGGGGAAGUUUGGCAGCCAUGACAACACUCUUGUUCCUCACCUUCCUCAUCUUCCUUUGCUCCAGCUGCAAUGGGGAAAAGAAGGCAAAAAAUCAGAAUGGAGAUCAUGAAAAUCUGAUGAAUGUGCCUUCCGAGAAGGAGGUGUUCAGCCAUUCCAUCACCAGUUCUGUAACGGAGCCUCCCCCAAACAGCGAGCAGAACGGAGCCCUGAGCAACGGAGAGGUUCUUUCUGAGGACAGUACAGCUGCCUGUAUCCAGCCUUAUGAAGAAGUACAGACAUCUGAUCUACUAGAUCAACAGGAUAGUCUCGGAAAGUCUAUAAAAUGUCACCAGAGCCGGGAACUACCCAGUAUUCCCCCUAACAACCCCAUGGAAACUAUAAUCUCAUCUAGAAAUGCAGAAAAUGAUCAAGGUCUUGGAAUGGAAGGGCCUUAUGAAGUCUUGAAGGACAGCUCCUCUCAGGAGAACAUAGUUGAAGACUGCUUGUAUGAAACUGUGAAGGAAAUUAAAGAUGUUGGAGCAGUAGUCAGCAUGGAAGGGAACUCUAGCAGCAAAUCAAAGGCUUCACUGACAGUUUCUGAAGGUCAGAAUCAGAUUCCUGAGUGCAGAAUUGAGUCAGCAGAAUAUGCAUCUGUUGACCGAAAUAAGAAGAGUCGCCAAAGUGCAAAUUCAGAAAGUCCUCUUGACAACAUUCCAGAUGUAGAGGAUGAGCUUCCCCCUCCAGUACCCAUGAAACUUCUUGAUGAAAAUGAAAAUGUGCAAGAAAAAGAAGUGGAAGAAGAAGUGACAGAAGGAGCGAGUAAACCAGAAAAGAGGCUUAGUUCAGUGUCUUACAAGUCUCGAGAGGAAGAUCCAUCUCUUACAGAAGAUGAGAUCUCAGCCAUGUACUCAUCGGUGAGUAAGCCGGGACAGGCCAUCAAGGCACUGGAUUCUCCUUACACCUGCAUUCAAGAAAUUGCAUCUCAGAGAUCCCCGUCCAUUUGCAGCGGCCUCUAUGCAAGUGUGAAGGACUUUGAAAACGCCCUCAAUUCCACCACUGUGCCUCAGCCAGCGGACAGAGCAAACGGGGAGCUGGAGCCGGACUAUGAAGCUAUCCAGGCAGUGAGCCAGGAGGAGGACAGGACCUUGGUGGUGCCCAGCACAAACCACACUGCUCUUUCAGGAGAGAGCGACUACGAGAGCAUAGGGGACUUGCAGCACCACAGGGAAUUCACCAGACUUUAACCACUCCUGCAGCAGAUUUCCACGCUGUUAUUUUCAAAGGACAAUGAAACAUGGAGGGGGAAGUGCUUUUCCUGUGGAACACAAGUUGUGAAGAAGCAAUGUACGUUUCACCCAGAUACCUGCUGGUUUUUCUGGGUGUUGGAUCAAGGCUCAUGGGAAAGGGUACAUCAGGUCAGAAAGAUGACCAGGAAAAUGUAAAGGUUUCUUUAUUGCUAUUAGCUCCAAGGUAAACGUAAUUUGGGAAGGAGUGCCAUGCUUGUUGUUGUCCUGAUAGGAUUACAUACCAAAAAGACUACCUUUACACAAAACUAGCUUCUCAUUUUAAGAGAUUAUUUUAUGUAAUUUUCUUCAAAGUGUUUUUCAAGCAUAAUUUUUCAUUCAAGUUUUGGCAUCUGCAAUGUUGAGCAAACCAUGAAUAAUUGUACCUCAACUCAGACUUACUCUUCGGGGCUGGGGAAGAUUCACUCACUUCUGUGUCUUUUGGGGAGCUCUGGCCACCUUCACUGCAACUAAAGUGCAAACAACAGUAGUUCACAAGGGACUGACUCCAAAUGUACUUGAAUUAAUUCUGCUGGCUUUUUCUUUUUUUUUUUUUUUAUGUCAAGGGCUGUAGAAUGUGACUUUCAGUAUUUGAGAUGUGUACUGAUAUUUGUAGGGGUUUUGUUUGACUAUUUGUGAAAUAUCCCUUUAAAAUGGCAUCGGUCACCCUUAGCAUUCUUGCACUGUUUCCCUCAAAUGGACAUAAACAUGUACACACAUACACCCCAGACCAUUGUCAUGUUGCAAAAAUUGUGCAAUUGAAUGCAUUGGCAUAAUGUGUAAUCUAACCUUAGCAGUGUUGAGGAAUUUUAUUGCAGAAUUUUGCCCUUUUUAAAGACUUAACUAUUUUAAUGUUUGUCUAGUUUCUUAUAUAGGAAAAAUUCUGUACUGUGUUCAGUGGGUAAUACAUUUUUUUUACAACCUAUUUUUCAUCUUCAAAGUUUUUAUAGAUUAACUUACUAGGGUUUGUAACAGGAGGAAUCCCAUUCUUUAUUUGGGCUUGAUUUUUUGUUUGGUUUUUUUUCGUAUUUCAAAAGUAGAUAAAUGAAAAUUGCUUUGGGGUUGUUUUGUUGACUUUUUCUGUCUCCGUGAGCAGGGAAAUGGAACAUGUCUUGCUGUUUUUAAGCUAAAAUUAUGGAGUCUAUGUAAAAGAACACUGCCAAAGGGCAAAAAAGAGGCAAAAGAGACAGUGGGAUUUAGUCAGGCAUAGCCUCCUUGUUCUUCUGCUAAAAGGAGCAGGAGGGCAACCAAGACCUACUUGGGCCUCUGAAAAACAGUUUCAAACCCACUGGCUUUUCAAAAAUGCUGAAUUAAUCUGUUACUGUGAAAAAUGAAGUACAGUGCUUGGAUGAAAUAAGCAGGUACUGGAUUGGUACCUUUUUUCUUCAAGAAUAAUACAAUAAAUAGAACAAUGGUACAAGAAUAGUCCAAGGGUAAAGAACUAGCAUUGUGUGACAUGCAUGUGCACAUAUCCCCAUGUAUAUAAGCAUACACUUGUAAUUUGGACACAAGUAUAACUUAUAGUCCAAGCUGGCAACAUUCACAUACGUAAUAUCUGGCAUGUGCUUGAAGAGCAGUUCAUUUUUAAUUCAAAAUAAACAGUACAUAAACUGAGGUUGGCUUAUUCUGUAGUAAACAAAACAGGUUUACUUUCAGCUCAAUUGGUACUGGGUUUUGAAGGUUGAACCCUUCUCGGAUCCUUGGUCAGUUCUCAACAUGACUUGGUACUAUAAAGGGCAAGCAUAGAUCUGGUUGCACACAUUUAUUAGAAAUAGCUUCAUAACUGAAAGAAGUGUGCUGAUUUACAGGCUUUGCCUGCAAGUUUGCUCUGAGGAGCAGUGCAGUUGUGCAGUCAGCCUCUGCCCACAGGGUGGUUCAGACUUUGUGGAUCCUGACCUUGUGUGACAGUGCAGCACAUUCUGAUCUGUGACUCUUCCUUGAAGGAGAAGCAGUUCAGACCACUCCACAUCCAUCCUGUUCUUGACCAUGCUGCCAUGUUCGACAGCUGCAGCAAACCCUUUGCUUCCACUUCAGUGCUUUUUAAGGAUGACUGUGGUUCUGCUUUCUGGAGGUUUUCCCUUUAUAAAAGUUUUUGUUGCUGUUUCCUUGAAUGUGAAUUCAUGAAGUUCACCUUUGAAUGUUCUCUCCUUCUACUUCACACUGUUUAAGGCCAAAGAUAAGAUGCACCAUUUUUCAAAAUAUUUGUCAUGCUAAGUCUGAAGAAUUUCUUUAGUCUUUAACUAUGUGUUUGCUGUCUGUUCCUUGCUCAGGGGUACCAGUUUAUAUAUGUAGUUCUCAGUCUGACUCCUGCA